AUGCUCUCUCCUUCAAGAACACUAAUUACAAUGGAAGGAAGUUCUACUGAUGAUCAAAGCACAACUACAGAAACAACUUCAACAAUUGUAGCACCGAUGACUACGCCUCCACUGAUCGGCAGUGGGGACAACAUGGUUCUUGACACCGAUGAAGUGGGGUUGGAAGUUAGUUUCUUGAAUUCUCAUUCAAAAGCUGAGAUCGUCAAUAUGUUGAGGAAACACACAUACAAAGAUGAACUAGAACAAAGUAAGAGAAGCUACAGCUUAAACAAAACCCCUUUUUAUAAACAAGUUCAGAUCGGGUGA